CGUGUAAACACGUCUACACGAGUGCAUCAGCAUUCGUCACUCAGUGUCAAGAUGGCUGCGUGGUGGUGCGGACGUGUGAUCACGUUGUUUUUGUGUGUUCACUUGACUGUCGGUCAAAUACCUAACGUAUCCAUACAUGCAUACAAACCAAAAGGUUUUAGUGUUUCGAUACCCGAUGGACAAAACAUAGGCCUGUUCGCCUUCCAUGGCAACAUUAACAGGGGUAUUAAUAAAAAUGACGUCGGUACAAUAGCGGGAGAGGUCCUCAAAGCAAAGAACGGGAUGUGGAUCUACGAAGACCCCGAAUUGGAGUUGAAAGUGGGUGACGUCAUCAACUAUUAUGUUUUCGUGUCGAUGAAUAGUAAAGGUUACUUGAAGGAUAAUUUGAGCUUCACUGUCACAAAACUGGAAGACAGGUCUAUCGUGACUGGUCCGAUCCGGCCCGGAACGGUGCUGCCGGAGGAUUGUAAGCCCACUCGUACUAAAGUUCGCGGCGGGUUCGCCUGCGCCGGACAGACUCUCUUCGAAGACAACUUCGACAUGUUGGACGAGAGCGUGUGGCAGAUUGAGCAGUACAUACCUAACACCCAUCCCGUGAUAUCCUUCGUGUCAUACCAGCACCUAGCUACUGAUCAGACCGUCUCGACCGCCGGUGGAACGCUGCGGAUCACCCCAAAACUGCAACAGGACUUACCAGGAUUUACAAAUGAAACCAUUUUGUCUGGCACGCUUAAUUUGUUUAGUGGCUGCACGUCAUCUGCAGAUUCGUGUCUGAUACAGGUGGAUGGUGCGGACAUCUUGCCGCCAGUGGUGAGCGGCCGCAUCACCUCCAAGACCUUCGCGUUCACGUACGGCAAGGUGUACGUGCGAGCCAAGCUGCCGCAAGGAGACUGGCUGUAUCCAGAAAUUCUUCUGGAGCCAUUUUUACAUAAGUACGGGUCGCUACAUUACUCGUCGGGGGUUAUAAAGAUAGCAACUGCUCGCGGCAAUAGACAGCUUUACUACGGACCCAAUGAUUACAGUAAUAAGGUGCUGUACGGAGGACCUAUAAUGGACUUGGCGUGUCGAGAGACACUGCUGUCCACCAAGCUGAGAGGAGACGGAUCCGCUUGGGGCGACGACUUCCACCUGUAUUCAUUAGAGUGGACUCCAGAGCACAUAGUGCUAAUGGUGGAUGAUGAGGAAUGGGCCCGAGUGGAGCCGACGGCGAGCGGUCUGCGAGGCCAGUUUCCCGCGUCCUGCAGGCAACUGCCACAGAUGUUGCUACGCGCCGGCACGUCGAUGGCUCCCUUCGAUGAUUACUUCUACCUAACUCUGGGCGUGGCGGCUGGCAGCAUCACAGAGUUCCCGGAUGGCUCGGUCACCGUCGGGGACAGGAUAAAGCCAUGGCGCAACAGCGCUCGGAAGGCCAUGCUCAACUUCUGGCAGGACACAAACUCUUGGCUGCCUACCUGGCUGCUGUCCCGGCUUGAAGUCGACUACGUCAAAGUAGUCGCGCUCUAAUAUACGAGAUUUCUAGUC